AUGUCAUCGACACCAAAUGGAUUUUCCGGACCAAGUUCCUUCCCGAUGGUAGUGUCCACCAUUCGUGCGGUUCUUGAUGUUGCGGUCUCACUCUCCUGGCCAAUACGACAAAUCGAUGUCAAUAAUGCGUUUUUGCAAGGUACACUUACGGAGGAUGUCUAUGUCACUCAACCACAAGUAUUUGUUGAUCCUGAUCGACCAACACAUGUAUGUCACUUGAAGAAAGCUCUUUACGGUCUCAAACAGGCACCAAUAGCCUGGUAUUUGGAACUAAAGAACUAUCUCGUAAGUGUUGGUUUUUCCAAUUCUUUAUCUGAUACAUUGCUGUUUGUCCUUAAACGUCCCAAUCUGUUGGUCUAUGCGCUCAUCUACGUUGACAACAUCCUUAUCACUGGGAAUAAUGUUGUGGUUGUUGAGGCUAUUCUUAAGAAUCUGGGCACUCGGUUCUCAGUAAAAGAUAUGGGUGAACUCUCAUAUUUUUUAGGCAUUGAAGCCAUCAGAACAAAGGCUGGUCUUCACUUGAACCAGCGUAAGUAUGUCUUGGAUCUUCUCACCAAAAUGAAUAUGCAGGAUGCCAAGCUAGUCCCUACGCCCAUGGUCACAACUCCGAAGCUCACAUUGGUUGGUGACUUGUAUUCUGAUCCUAAGAAGUACAGAACAUUGAUCGGGAGUCUUCAGUACUUAGCUUUCACACGUCCGUAUAUUGCCUAUGUUGUUAAUCGUUUAUCACAGUUUAUGCACUCUCCCACUAAUGAUCAUUGGCAGGCCGCUAAACGAGUGUUGCGGUAUCUUGCUGGAACAAGUUCAUACGGCUUAUACUUUCGCAAAGGGAACCCUCUUACUCUCCAUGGCUUCUCUAAUGCUGAUUGGGCAGGGUAUGUCACUACUUGUGUCUCUACAAAUGGUUAUAUCAUCUACCUUGGUGGCCAGCCAAUCUCGUGGACAUCCAAGAAACAGAAGGGAGUCGCCAGAUCUUCCACCGAAGCGGAAUAUCGUGCAGUAGCAAAUACAUCGUCUGAACUUCUUUGGGUAAACUCACUCUUAUCUGAACUUGGUCUCAAGCAAACCUCUGCUCCAACAAUCUAUUACGACAAUGUAGGAGCAACAUAUCUUUGUGCUAACCCAGUUUUUCACUCAAGAAUGAAGCAUAUAGCCAUUGACUAUCAUUUUAUACGUGAAAAGUUCAAACAGGCAAGCUUCGGGUGUCACAUGUUUCAACAAAAGAUCAACUUGCUGACGCUCUUACAAAGCCCUUAUCCCGAGUACCGUUUCAACACCUGCGUAGUAAGAUUGGAGUCACCUUAG